UGAAGAGGAUAAAUAAUGGCGGAAGGUUUGAUCACAGAUUGUCGUUUGUUAUUGUCGCGGUUUGAGAGCCUAAACACUGUAAGAUUUGAAAAAUUUUGUGAAGUAUGGAGAGAGAUGAACUUCUCUUUAAUACACUGCGGUGGAAGAGAUGGCGACCGAAGAAUACAGCUUGUAGACUACUUGUUUCGUAUCAUUAGCACUUACCUUGAAUCAACUCCAAGUAGCUUUCAGUGUCGUAUUGGAGCUCUGUAUGCUCUGUAUGCCAUCUAUCAUACACAGCUUUGCCAACCAAAAGUGAAGAUUCGAAUGACAUUAUCGAUGAUGAGGGACCUCAAGGAACUUCAUAAACAAAUCAUUGAGCAAAAGCAUCAUGAUGCUGAUUAUAUCUUGAGACUUCUGAACAAUGGAAAGGCUUUCUUAUUUGUUGCUAUGCCAAUUCCGCUUUCCUAUGGUUCCAGAGAAACUAUUACUGGCCAAGAUGAAGGUCAAAGUUCUACUUUGAUUGAUGAGGUGAAUGAAACUGUGGAAGAAAGGUUUCGAGCAAUGGAGUAUUUACAAGAAGCUCACAACAACUACAAAGAAUUAAAGAACAAGUUACAAGACAAAAGGCUCAUUAGUGGAGAUAGGUCAUUUAAUGCAAUAUCUGAAGGAAUGGUGACAGAUGUUGCCAGUGAAUUGCAAAAAUUUGAUGAGUGGAAGCGAAUGAGAUGUCAGAAGCAUGUAUUAGAGAAGAAAACUGGGACAUCAUUAUCAGAUGCAAAUAGUGUUCAAUCAGGAAAAACCCAACCAACAACAACAAUGACAAAUGAGGAGGCCUGUCCUGGGACCUCAGCUGCCAGUCAGAAAAAUAUAUCAAAGAGCUCAAGGAUAAAAGACAUAAAGAAGAGAUCAUUUUCCACAGCAUCCAAGGUUACAAGAAGUAUGAGACACCUUCAGCCAACAGUUGAAUCAACGCAUGAAGGAAGCAAGCCAAAGAGAAAGCGUACCAAAAAAUAGCUAAAAUUUCCUAAAAAUAUAGAAUUAUUGUAAGUCUUUUAUUUCAGAGAAAAAGACAAUGUACAAUAAAUACAGGUAGUAAACUCUAUUAUAAGUUUUCUCUUUCUGAGAUUAAAAAAAUUGACAAAAAUAUUUAGCACCUCCUUAUUUUGUAGA